CGAACUCAGGCUUUGGUUCCUUCAUUAAAUAUGGUCUAGCUAAUUGUAACUCCCCAGUAUUUAUAAGCUGCAAUAUGUGCUAUCUAGCUUCCAUAAUUCAUACUGAAACUUCUUUGGUGUUUGCUUAUUACAAUGGCACUUCGUUCAUUGAUCACAGCACUCUUCUUCCUCUUGGGUCUUGCUUGGAUUCAGCUCUCAACAUGCCAAGUUCUCAAGGGCAAAAUUUCCUGCCUUGACUGCAAUCCCGAUUACAACUUAUCAGGCAUCAAGAUCGUAGUGAAGUGUGGUCAAGUGAAAAAAUUAGCCACAGCAACCACAGAAGAAAAUGGUUCUUUCAAGGUUGAGCUUCCAUCUGACACCUCAAAGACUACUCCAGAACCUCUCAACUGCUUUGCAAAGCUCCUCGGUGGUCCGAACCAGCUCUAUGUUUGGAAGAAAAACCUGGCAUCAAAAGUUGUCAAGGCCCAUGAACUGAACUCCUACACCAUCUCCACUCCACUUGCUUUUUCUACUUCGUGCCCUUUGGCUUCCAAAGAUGCUAAAUGUGGAGCUCCAAACCAGAUCGGUUCAUCUAAGACCAUUGAUCUGCCUCUACCCCGAGAGUGGGGUCUUGCACCAUCUAGCUAUUAUAUUCCUUUCGUCCCCAUCAUUGGAAUCCCUUGAUCAUCUCAGUGAUCUACAAUACUUUACUGUUAUGUAAUAAUUAGUAUCAUAAGGAGAAAAGACUUAUAUAUAGUUCUUAGCUGCUAUAUAUAAAUAUUUGUGAGUGCAGACUGUUGUAAGAUUUUAAGUAACUUCUGGUAUAUAUAAUUAUGUGUGAGUGCAGACUGUUGUAAGAUUUUAAGUAACUUAUGGUAUAUAUAAUUAUGUGUAUUAUGAGUGGAGAGAUGGAGAUGUAAUCUUUGUUUCUUGCAUGUUUAAUAAUAACAUA